ACAAGCAGUGGAUCAGGUCUGCAGGUGUCUCUGUCUUUCUCUCACCCCUACCCUCUCAGUUUCUGGCAGUCUCUAUUCAGUAAGUAAAGAGAGUAAAUAAAUAAAUGCAUAAAUGAAUAAAUACAUGGGUGUGGGCAGUGGACCCCUCCUUCCUCGCAUUUCCCACAUUUCCUCUGUUCCAGAGGAAAGGGCGUGGAUGGGGUGGGAGUGCUCAGGCGUCAGCCCCACCCCGGCGGCGGGGCGCAGAGUCCGGCACCUGCUGAGCCCGCAGGUUGGGGCCCGAGCAGCCAGCACCCAGCAGCCAGCACCCAGCAGCCAGCACCGCAGCGAGCAGGUGACCCCGCGCCGUGUGGCCGGGGCCGGAGGUGGGUGGGUGCCGGCCCACUCAGCCCAGCCCUCGCCAGGGGGCGCUCGAACCCCGGACUCCCCUGUGCUUUCGCCAGUGUCCCCAGACAGCAUGCUGGCCGUGCACUUUGACCAGCCCGGGGGCCCUGAAGUCCUCUGCCUCAAGGAGGUGGCCAGGCCGAGCCCAGCAGACGGGGAGGUCCUGCUGGAGGUGGCGGCCAGCGCCCUGAACCGGGCGGACCUGAUCCAGAGACAGGGCCAGUAUGCCCCACCCCCAGGAGCCAGCAACAUUUUGGGACUCGAGGCCUCUGGACACGUGGCAGAGCUGGGGCCCGGCUGCCGAGGACCCUGGAAGAUUGGGGACCCCGCCAUGGCUCUGCUGCCCGGUGGGGGCCAGGCCCAGUAUGUCACCGUCCCCGAAGGGCUCCUCAUGCCUGUGCCUGAGGGCCUGACUCUGACUGAAGCUGCGGCCAUCCCAGAGGCCUGGCUAACCGCCUUCCAGCUGCUGCAUCUCCUGGGAAACGUUCAGGCUGGAGAAACUGUGCUCAUCCACGCAGGGUUAAGUGGUGUGGGCACAGCGGCCAUCCAGCUCGCCCGCGUGGCGGGAGCCAUUCCUCUGGUCACCGCUGGCUCCCAGCACAAGCUUCAGAUGGCAGGACAACUCGGGGCAGCCGCUGGCUUCAAUUACAGAGAAGAGGAUUUUUCUGAAGCAGCACUGAAAUUCACCAAAGGUGCUGGCGUCAACGUGAUUCUCGACUGCAUAGGCGGAUCCUACUGGGAGAAGAACGUCAACUGCCUGGCGCUCGAUGGCCGCUGGGUGCUCUACGGCUUGAUGGGAGGAGCUGAAGUCAGCGGGCCUCUGUUUUCCAAGUUACUUUUUAAACGAGGAAGUCUGAUCACCAGUCUGCUGCGAUCUAGGGACCAAAAAUACAAGCAAGUCCUGGUGAAGGCUUUCAGGGAGCAAAUCCUGCCCCUCUUCUCCGCGGAGGGCUCCAAACGUCUCCUGCCCGUUGUGGACAGGAUCUUCCCCGUCACUGAGAUCCAAGAGGCCCACGUGUACAUGGAGACCAACAAGAACGUAGGCAAAAUCGUCCUGGAGCUGCCCCGGUGAAGGAGGAGGGCUGCAGCAGGGCCCACGGCUACCUCGCACCUUCCCAUUCACAGCAAGUCACUCCAGGCCUGCCUGUAACACAAACCUGACCAAACCCUGGUUCGUCAACUGGAUUCCUGCAGAGCCCACCUGAAGAAAUACAAGAGGGGCCGGGUGGUGGCGCACCUGGUUGAGUGCACACGUUACAGUGUUCAAGGACCUGGGUUCGAGCCCCUGGUCCCCACCUGCAAGGGGAAUGCUCUGCAAGUGGUGAAGCAAUGCUGCAGGUGUCUGUCUCUCCUCUCUUUCACCCUCUUCCCUCUAGAUUUCUGGCUGUUUCUAUUCAAUAAAUAAAGA